UCAACAUGUCUAUAGACAAGUCUCUCGACCAAUGAGAAUUUGUGGAAUUUGCCUUCAGAUGCGCUAUAAACUUGCGGCUCCCUCUGAGACCAGCAACAUUAUCGUCUGUUUUUCAGGAUUAAAGUGUUUCCACCAUGAGGAUGUAUUUGGCGCUGUUUACAUUGUGCCUUGGUGCCGUAUUCGCGGCACCAAGUUUCGACAAGCAGUUGGACGAACAUUGGGAGCAAUGGAGGACCUGGCAUGGAAAAAAAUACCAUGAGAAAGAGGAGGGGUGGAGGCGUAUGGUUUGGGAGAAGAACUUGAGAAAAAUCCAGCUGCACAACCUCGAGCACUCCAUGGGCACACACACUUACAGACUUGGAAUGAACCACUUUGGAGACAUGACUCACGAGGAGUUCAGGCAAGUUAUGAAUGGCUACAAACACAAAACUGAGAGGAGGUUCAAGGGCUCACUCUUUAUGGAGCCCAACUUCUUGGAGGUCCCAAACAAGCUGGACUGGAGGGAAAAGGGAUACGUGACUCCUGUGAAAGAUCAGGGAGAGUGUGGUUCUUGCUGGGCCUUUAGCACUACUGGAGCCAUGGAGGGUCAGAUGUUCAGGAAAACAGGGAAUCUGGUGUCUCUGAGUGAGCAAAACCUGGUCGAGUGCUCUCGUCCUGAAGGCAACGAGGGCUGCAAUGGAGGUCUCAUGGACCAGGCGUUCCAGUACAUCAAAGACAACAAUGGCUUGGAUUCAGAGGAAUCCUACCCCUACUUGGGAACUGAUGAUCAGCCCUGCCAUUAUGAUCCCAAAAACAGUGCCGCCAAUGACACAGGAUUUGUUGACAUUCCCAGUGGAAAGGAGCGAGCUCUAAUGAAAGCUGUGGUCGCCGUGGGGCCGGUGUCUGUUGCUAUUGAUGCUGGACAUGAAUCUUUCCAGUUCUACCAGUCAGGCAUCUACUUUGAGAAAGACUGCAGCAGCGAGGACCUCGAUCAUGGCGUUCUUGCUGUUGGCUAUGGUUUUGAGGGCGAGGAUGUCGAUGGCAAGAAGUACUGGAUUGUCAAGAACAGCUGGAGCGAGAACUGGGGUGAUAAAGGAUAUAUCUACAUGGCAAAAGACAGACACAACCACUGUGGUAUCGCUACAGCCGCUAGCUACCCGCUUGUUUAGAAAAGACUACCUCAAAUAUCAAGAAACCUUAUCAGAAGGCCAUAGUGACUCGUGUGCCUGAGUGGUUCACUGAAAUCAAUUGUAGUGAGAAAAGUCACGUAACACAUGUGACUGUUUGUCUGAGCGACAAACCUCAAGCUUGAAAGUAUUGCUUGAAAGACCGUUUUAGAGAUUUUAUGAAAUUGUUUUAUGGUCGUGUGUAUGCCACUGAUUUAAUUGAUUUUACCUCUAUGUAUUGUAAAUACAUGUUCUUUAGUGUAAGUCAAAUGUACAAAUGUUUUUUUUUCUUCUAUUUUAUGUAAGAUCAAUUAAACUUUUAAAAUGUA